AUGCUCGGAGUCCUCGUUGCUGUGUUGGCCCUGGCAGCUGCAGCCUUUGGCUGCGGGGUUCCUGCCUACCCCCCUGUGGUGUCUAAAGUUGUCGGAGGGGAAGACGCAAGACCUUACAGCUGGCCCUGGCAGGCCUCCCUUCAAUACAGUUCAAAUGGCAAAUGGUAUCACACCUGCGGAGGAACCCUCAUUGCAACCAACUGGGUGAUGACAGCUGCACACUGCAUCAGUUCUUCCCGGAACUAUCAAGUAGUUCUUGGAAAAUACAAUCUAGCAGCCGCGGAAGAAGGAUCAGUUGCGCUUCCUCCAGAAAAGAUCAUUGUUAACGAGAACUGGAAUCCACAAAAUGUUGCAAAUGGGUACGACAUUGCUUUGAUCAAGCUCGCUGAACACGUCACCUUAAGUAACCACAUUAAGCUGGCCUGCCUCCCCACUGCGCAAAGCAUCCUGUCAUCCAACACUGCCUGCUACGUGACGGGAUGGGGAAGACUGCAGACAAACGGACCCCUUCCAGACGACCUGCAGCAAGGCCUUUUGCUGGUGGUGGAUUACGCAACUUGUUCCAAGCCUAGCUGGUGGGGAAGCACCGUGAAACCCACCAUGGUUUGUGCUGGUGGGGAUGGAAUCACCUCCAGUUGUAAUGGGGACUCUGGUGGCCCACUGAACUGCCAAGGUGCUGAUGGCCGGUGGGAAGUGCACGGUAUCGUCAGCUUUGGCUCUUCUCUUGGCUGCAACUAUUAUCACAAGCCUUCUGUCUUCACCCGGGUGUCUGCUUACAAUAACUGGAUCCAGUGGGAAGAAAGGCACAGCUGGCUGCUCCCACCAGCAAACAGGAGAAAUAGAUCAUUUCAUGCUCAGCUAUUGGGGAAUUUAAACUCCCUCUGUAAGGCAAGUGAAGCAGAACUGUACUGUGAGAAUUGCCAGUGCAAGAAGGAGAAAAUUUCCAUCUGUAGAUUUUACAUCAUUAACAUGAGAGAAAAAAUAAACAGCACAAGGGAUACUGAAGCCAGCCAGGUGCUCUCCAGAGCGAUCUCUGAACUGCUGGAGCGUUUUAAUAGUCCCCAUGAAGACCUCACAGCUAUGAGAUACAAUCCUGACUGGGCAGACAUAGUAGCUUUUAAACUUACCCUUCGAAUAAGAGAAGACAUGCUGAAAGCUCAUUUAAUGCCAGCAUCUACAAGCUUUCAAACAACAUUGCAUCAAUUUUUUGCCAUUCUGAACUAUGCUAUCUUCUCAUCAGAGAGUGUACAUAAGUGCUGGAUGGAUAACGUCAAUCUAUCACUUCAUUUCACCCACUAUGAAGGAAUCUCUUUUUUCAUCCCAUUCCUGGGCUCAGAUGAAUUUGUGUCCAUUGAAGCCGUGGCAAAGGGACUGAGUUAUGUACAGAGCUGCCUACUGCAGAAGGGACAGGAAAAGCUUAUCAAGAAAUCUAAGGAAAUCCUGUCCACAAUGAGCCUUAAAAUCAGUCUGAUAGUGAUAGCCUGCCUCAUUUACCCCAUAAUCCUGGUGUCCUUCAAGCAAAUGACAGAUUGGAUACACAAUUAUGCCAGGAACAUCAAGGAAAAGACAGAAGACUUGAAAAGGGAGAGGCGGCUAGCUGAGGACCUCUUACACCAGAUGCUGCCAAAAUCUGUGGCCAAGCAGUUAAGGAAAUGCCAAAAAGUUGAGGCAGAAAACUAUGAUCAGGUGACUAUCUUUUUCUCGGACAUCGUGGGGUUCACAAGCAUUGCUGCCUCCUGUACUCCCUUGCAAGUUGUCGAGAUGCUCAACAAUCUGUACGUCUGCUUUGACAGCAGGAUUGAGUCUUAUGAUGUUUAUAAGGUGGAAACCAUUGGUGAUGCCUACAUGGUAGCGAGCGGCCUUCCAGAGAGGAAUGGCACCAAACACGCUGACGAGAUUGCCAAAAUGUCUCUGGAUCUGGUGGCGGCAGUUCGUCAGGUUGUGAUCCCUCAUAUGCCAAUGGGCAGACUGCAGCUGCGGGCUGGGAUACACACAGGACCCUGCGUGGCUGGAGUUGUGGGGUACAAAAUGCCUCGUUAUUGCCUAUUUGGGGACACUGUAAACACAGCCUCCCGCAUGGAGUCCACCAGCUUGCCACAGAAGAUCCACAUCAGUUCUGCUACGUAUGAUGCUCUUCUCACAGAUGAUGCUUAUGAAAUUGAACUGAGAGGAGAAAUUGAAGUCAAGGGCAAAGGGAAAAUGAAAACCUACUGGCUGCUUGGCAACAAGAACUACAGUGUCCAAAAUGACAGCCUGGUGUGUCACUGGAAUCCAGCAAUCUCCAAGAAAAAGAAGAUGGAAAGUAGCCAGGGAUGUGUCCAACAAUGUAGUGCCGGCGCUGUGGGAGCAGCAGCAGCUGAGCAGAGCCCUGCAAUGCCCUGGGAUAAGCAGAGCCCCGACAGUGACACUCAAGGGAGUUCCAGACCUGCCUGGACCCCUGAGAGUGCCACCCAUGACUGUGUAGAACGACAGGGAUUUGGCAAGAGGCUCUUCAGUUGGGAAUGUGACACAGGAAGCGCCUACCGGGCUGUUGGCAGUGAUGUCACCUGGCUGCCCAACGGCGCUGCGCGGCGGGGUCCUGGGAAGCUCCGAGAGCGAGCACUGGAACUUGUUCAAGCCACUCUGUAUCUGCAGGCGGCUGAGUGCAGAGCAGGGCGCGAGGCAGAAGUGUCGACAGGCUCCACCGCUCAACGCUCCCAGAUAAGGGAAUCUGUAGCCAUGACAGACAGCUGUUAUUCUUGCACUAUUUGUGAUGGGCUCUUCAGGGAAGUAUCAGUCCCCUUUUCCUGUCAUGCCCCCCUCCUCUUGCUGCUCCAGGAAUUCCUCCCUUCUGAACUUUCUGCCUUCCACACGUGGCUCACCAACACUUGUGCUUCGCAGCCUCAAGUUGGCAGGAUCGUUAGGGAACAAAUCAGCGGGCACGGGGCCUAG